CUGCCCCCACCGGAACAAGUGCGGUCGAAACACGUGAACGGCACGAGCGGGACGCACCGCCUCGAGACUUAAAAGUUACUUUCCGGAGAUGGACAUUACAGCCAAAAUGGAAAUUAACGUCAGCCAGCAGCAGCUGGUUCCCACCGCGUGUUAUUUUUCCGCGCAGAGCAUCCAGCUGAGCCCCAGCAGCAGCAGCGGCUGCAGCAGUAGCAGUCAGUGCAGCGGGAAGCCCAAGCAGCCGAAGCGGCAGCGCUCCUCCUCUCCGGAGCUGCUGCGCUGCAAGCGGCGGCUGAACUUCGCGGGCUUCGGCUACACGCUCCCGCAGCAGCAGCCGCACGCGGUGGCCCGCAGGAACGAGCGCGAGCGCAACCGGGUGAAGCUUGUGAACAACGGCUUCGCCACGCUGCGCGAGCACGUCCCCAACGGCGCCGCCAACAAGAAGAUGAGCAAAGUGGAGACGCUGCGCUCCGCGGUGGAGUACAUCCGCGCCCUGCAGCAGCUGCUGGACGAGCACGACGCGGUGAGCGCCGCCUUCCAGGCCGGCGUGCUGUCGCCCGGCAUGUCGCAGGGUUACUCCGCGGACAUGAACUCCAUGGCCGGGUCACCCGUGUCCUCCUACUCCUCGGAUGAAGGCUCCUACGACCCGCUGAGUCCGGAGGAGCAGGAGCUGCUGGACUUCACCAACUGGUUCUGAGCAUCUCCAAGAGUUCUGGAUCAACUCGUUUGAGUUUUGUUGUCCAUCGCUUGGGUUGGUCCCGGAGAACAAGGCGCGCUGUUUUAAUCCUACAGACUGAUUAAAGACUCAGGAUUAAAGGGAGACAAAGUGGAAAAAAACCCAAACAAAAACAGAGACCCUCAUGUGAAUUCAUGCUGUCCAGAAAACAAAACAUUAUUUAAAAUGCCGCUCCUCUUCUGCCUCUCCAGUCUCACCGACCCGUUUGGUAAAACCUCUCCGAAGCUGAAUUCAGUUCAAAUGCUUCCAGGUUGCGGAUUUAUUCUAUUAAAUUCUAUAUCAAACGCUUUUUCUGGGAAUAUAUUAAGAUAUUUUUGUAUGUAAGAGAUUUAUAGAUGUUUUGUACGCAUCCAUUUUGUAUAUAUUUUGUCUAUAUAUUGCGAAGUUAUUUCUAAUACCUCCUGCCAACGCAGACGUGUCGCCUAUUAUUCUCUGGCUCUUGUGUUCACGAGGUUUCCAGCAGGAGUUUGACACUCCAGGUUUUUAUUAUAUAGCACCAAUGUGUCUUAUUUAAUAGCAGAACCAUGUUAUUGCAUUAUAUCAUGUCACGAUGAUCAAACUUAUGCAGCUAUUGUCCAAAAAAAGAGUGCAAUAGCCAAUGCAUUGUGUCUUUAUACUGCCAGCUCUUUAUCUUCUAUUCACAAGCAGAUGUUGAAUAAUUCUUAUAACCAUAUUUUUUACAAUUUAGUCCAAAAAUAAAGAGAUUUACUGAA